CUAAGUGAAUUAUCUGUCUCCCAAGAGACCCUUUAAUUUAUUUGUCAACCUUUUAAUUCCCUUGCCGUGUGUUCUUUCGGAAGGUGACCUUAAUUUGCGGGACAAUUUCGUCUGGGUCAGAGUAGCAAAUCUAUUUGAUGCUUUGUUGGGUCAAAAUGUGGCAGAAGGGAAGGGGGCUUCUAGGUCCUCUUGCUGUUUCUUCUCUAAGAAUUUCCCUUAUUUAUUUAUUUAUUCAAUUUUUAACUCUUUCACGGUUUCAUGGCUUCUGUGUCCUUUUGGGUAGACCAUGCUUAACUGAAAAUGUACACAAAAUGCUUGUCCAGAUCUUAGAUAACAAAAGUGAAAUGGCAUGAGUCCAAAUGGCCUGACAAUACUGAGAGAUCGUUGCCGUCCUCUUGAGCAAGGGGCGUCGGUUCCUAUGCCUCUGAUUCGUCUCCAUUCCCUGCCUAUUUCUUUAUCUUACUUUACUCUAAGACCAACUCUAUACUUAUAUUUCUCUGAGUUACAGAGAGAAGAGUGAGCAGGGAGAGAGAAAGAGAGAUGGGGUCUGAGAACUGGGCGCCGGUGGUGAUUGGGUUGGUUCUGUUCGUGGUGCUGUCGCCGGGACUUCUAUUCCAGCUGCCCGGAAAAAGUCGAGUGGUUGAAUUUACUAACAUGCAGACUAGUGGUAUUUCCAUAUUCGUUCACAGCAUCAUCUUCUUCGGUCUCAUGACUAUUUUCGUCAUCGCUAUUGGUGUCUACAUGGGCUCCUGAUGAAAUUCUUAUCCCCAGUUUCCUCCUCCUGAUGAAGUACUUGUGCGUGUUUGUGGAUAUCUUACUCGGUUUACAUGAUCCAGAGCUGUUCAAAAUUUGUGUGAUUUCGCGUGCAUGCAAGAAGCAAUAUCUCCAUUUUUCAAACUUUUUCUUUUUUUCUUUCACUGAAUUUCAUGUUUCAGCAUUAAGGCCAUAUCGAUCUGCCAUGUCUUUCUGUUACCCUGUCUCGGUUCAUCCCACUUUCAACUUUUUGUUACAAUAUUUAUAGUUAAUUUUUGCAAUUAAAACAGGACAAGAGUCUUGAUUUUCUG